UUUCCGCAGUCGAGCGGCGAUCCGGGCGGUGGCAGCGGUCGAGGAGCUCCCAUGGCAGGGCGGAGGCGCGGGGGAGGCGAGAGUGGGGAGAGGCGUUAAGCCGGAGCCGCCGCGGGGUGGGUCCCCAGGGAGGCGGAGGGGGAAGCGGCUCUCGCGACUGGAGAAGGGCCGGGAGCCGGGCUCAUCUCUACUCUCGCUCCAGCCCGAGCUCUGGAGAUGCAUCUGCAUCAGGUCCUCACCGGGGCUGUCAACCCUGGAGACAAUUGCUACUCCGUGGGCAGCGUCGGGGAUGUCCCCUUCACGGCAUAUGGAUCAGGCUGUGAUAUUGUUAUUUUGGCAAGUGACUUUGAAUGUGUGCAGAUCAUUCCUGGUGCUAAGCAUGGAAACAUCCAGGUCAGCUGUGUGGAGUGUUCCAACCAACACGGAAGAAUUGCAGCUUCGUAUGGUAAUGCCGUUUGCAUUUUUGAGCCCUUGGGCAUAAAUUGCCAUAAGAGAAAUUGUCAACUAAAGUGCCAGUGGCUUAAAACUGGACAGUUUUUCUUGAGCUCUGUGACGUACAACUUAGCAUGGGACCCUCAAGAUAACAGAUUGCUGACAGCAACUGAGUCUGUUCAGUUGUGGGCCCCUCCAGGAAGUGACAUUCUAGAAGAGGAAGAAGAAAUUGAUACUAAAAAUACUCCUGUCUUAAAUGAUUGGAAAUGCAUCUGGCAGUGCAAAACCUCAGUAUCUGUACAUUUGAUGGAAUGGUCCCCUGAUGGUGAAUAUUUUGCUACUGCUGGAAAGGAUGAUUGUCUUUUGAAAGUGUGGUAUCCCAUGACCGGUUGGAAGUCUUCAAUUAUACCUCAGGAUCAUCGUGAAGUGAAAAGGAAGCAGUCAUGUUCUCAGUUCUCCUUUGUUUACUUGGCACAUCCCCGAGCUGUAACAGGUUUUUCAUGGCGCAAAACUAGCAAGUAUAUGCCCAGGGGCUCUGUUUGUAAUGUGUUGUUAACAUCAUGUCAUGAUGGUGUCUGCCGGCUCUGGGCAGAAACCUUAUUACCAGAAGACUGCCUUUUGGGUGAGCAGAUUUGUGAGACUACCACUUCCAGCAUCGCCAGUGAUCUUUCUCAAGCUGGGAUGCACAAAGACAGAAUACAGCAUGCUCUUGAGACAAUACACCAUUUGAAAAACUUAAGAAAAGGACAAAGAAGAUCUUCUGUUCUUGUAACACACACUGAUUUGAUGCCUGACCAGAUGGGGACACACGAAGUUCGGAGACACAUUUCUCACCAUGCUAAUGCACUCUGUCAUUUUCACAUUGCGGCAAGCAUCAACCCUGCCACAGAUAUUCCCAAUGUCUUGGUUGGCACUGCAUUUAAUGUUGAUGAUGGAAAUGGGGGCUUUGUAGUUCAUUGGCUAAACAACAAGGAAUUUCAUUUUACAUCAUCCACUGAAAUAUUUAUGCAGCAGUUGCGAAAACUUUCUGAAAAGCAGGGAGAUCAUGAGAGUGAUGAUGUUGACAGAGAGGAUGAGGAACGUUCACUGGAUGAGAGAGAGAGAGGGUUACAUAUGAAACUAGACCAUGAGUUAUCCCUGGAUAGAGAAUCUGAGGCAGGUACAGGAUCAUCAGAACAUGAAGAUGGAGAGAGAGAGGGAAGUCCUAGGACCUCCUCACGACCUCACAUCCUGAUGCCACUGCCUACAGUCCUGCUUGAUCGGAAGAUUGAAAUGCUGCUUACAGAAUGGAAUAAGAAUCCUGACAUGCUCUUUACAAUACAUCCUGUAGAUGGUACCUUUCUAGUAUGGCACGUAAAGUAUUUGGAUGAAUAUAAUCCUGGGAUAUUUAGACAAGUUCAGGUUUCUUUUUCUUCUCAGAUUCCUGUUGCAUUUCCCUCUGGUGAUGCAAGCUCUCUUAGUAAAAAUAUUAUGAUGUAUGCCUGCAUAAAUGCUACAAAGGAUUCUUACCAUGCUCCGUUACACCAGGAGAUGGUGGCUCCAGGCAGUCCUCCUGGAUCACAGCCCUACUCCAGAUCACAUAGUCCAAAUAUGAACAUUUUAGCUCCCACAGUAAUGAUGGUCUCUAAACACAUCGAUGGUUCUUUGAAUCAGUGGGCUGUCACUUUUGCGGAUAAGUCUGCGUUUACCACUGUUCUUACUGUAUCACACAAAUUUAGAUACUGUGGUCAUCGAUUUCACCUCAAUGAUCUGGCAUGCCAUUCAGUUUUACCACUGUUACUGACGUCAUCUCAUCAUAAUGCUUUGUUGACUCCUGAAUCUGAUUCAGAGAAUAAAUUAGGUAGAAUAAAGGAUCCUAUUAAACAUAUGAAAGGUUCCUUAAAGCAACCUCUUAGGAAUGCAGCAACGUGUACAUUUCAUGACCCUAAUGCUAUCUACAGUGAACUUAUUCUGUGGCGUGUAGACCCAAUAGGACCUUUGUCUUACACUGGAGGAGUUUCAGAAUUGGCACGAAUUAACUCAUUACAUACCUCAGCCUUCUCUAAUGUGGCUUGGCUUCCAACUCUUAUUCCAAGCUAUUGUCUUGGCACAUACUGCAAUUCUGCAAGUGCUUGCUUUGUUGCUUCUGAUGGCAAAAAUCUGAGACUUUAUCAAGCUGUGGUAGAUGCAAGGAAAUUAUUAGAUGAAUUGUCAGACCCAGAGUCUUCGAAACUAAUUGGAGAGGUGUUUAAUAUUGUGAGCCAACAGUCUACUGCCCGCCCUGGCUGUAUUAUUGAACUUGAUGCAAUAACCAACCAAUGUGGCUCAAAUACACAGUUGCUACAUGUAUUUCAAGAAGACUUUAUUAUAGGAUAUAAACCACAUAAAGAAGAUGUGGAGAAAAAGGAAACAGAAAUCUUUUUCCAGCCAUCACAAGGGUAUCGCCCACCACCAUUUUCAGAAAAGUUCUUCCUAGUAGUAAUUGAAAAGGACAGCAAUAAUUACUCUAUUCUCCAUAUGUGGCACCUUCAUCUUAAAUCUGUACAAGCAUGUUUAGCCAAAGCUGCAGAAGGAUUUUCAUCAGAGAAUUUGCUUUCAGUCCCAGGACAGAAGAAGACUGUAGACUCCUCUCCAGAAACAGCUCCGUCUGUGAGCCACAUGUCACAUUCUUCGUCAAUUGCCAAUCUUCAAACAGCUAGUAAACUUAUUCUGAGUUCUAGAUUGGUAUAUAGCCAACCUCUUGAUCUCCCAGAAGGAGUUGAAGUAAUAAGAGCAACACCUUCAGCAGGCCAUCUGAGUUCUUCUUCAAUUUAUCCAGUGUGUCUUGCACCUUAUUUGGUGGUUACAACAUGUUCUGACAAUAAAGUGCGCUUCUGGAAGUGUUGCAUGGAAACAGACUCUCAUAGUCAAAGUGCCGAGAAAGAAACCUAUCAUUGGAGGAGGUGGCCCUUGAUGAAUGAUGAAGGAGAAGAUAAUAGCAGUACAGUGAGCAUUGUGGGGAGACCCGUUGCUGUUAGCUGUUCCUACACAGGCCGCCUGGCAGUGGCUUAUAAGCAGCCCGUCCACCAGAAUGGUUUUAUUUCUAAAGAAUUUUCCAUGCAUGUUUGUAUAUUUGAAUGCGAAUCUACAGGAGGGUCAGAAUGGGUUUUAGAACAAACAAUUCACCUUGAUGAUUUGGUUAAGGUUGGGAGUGUACUGGAUUCAAGAGUCAGUGUGGACAGCAAUCUGUUUGUAUACAGCAAAUCAGAUGCAUUUUUGAGCAAGGAUAGAUACCUUAUCCCAAAUAUAAAGCAUUUAGUGCAUUUGGAUUGGGUGUCAAAAGAAGACGGCUCCCAUAUUCUCACAGUGGGAGUUGGUGCUAAUAUAUUCAUGUAUGGGCGACUUUCCGGAAUUGUGACUGAGCAAACCAACAGUAAGGAUGGAGUAGCGGUCAUUACUUUACCACUAGGUGGCAGUAUCAAGCAAGGAGUUAGGUCAAGAUGGGUUCUUCUUAGAUCAAUAGACUUGGUGUCUUCUGUUGAUGGGACUCCUUCACUGCCUGUUUCUCUGUCUUGGGUACGAGAUGGGAUAUUGGUGGUGGGAAUGGACUGUGAAAUGCACGUAUACGCACAAUGGAAGCAUGCUGCGAAAUUUGGAGACGUUGAAACGGAUAGUCCUGUUAGAGAAGAGACUGCCAUGCAAGAUCAUUCUGCCUUCAAAUCUAACAUGUUGGCAAGAAAAAGUGUUGUUGAAGGAACAGCUCUGGCUGAUGAUGUGUUUUGUUCGCCAACUGUAGUUCAGGACGGUGGCUUGUUUGAGGCUGCACACGUGCUCUCCCCUACGCUCCCACAGUACCAUCCAACACAGCUGUUGGAACUGAUGGAUUUAGGCAAAGUCCGCAGGGCUAAAGCCAUUCUCUCUCAUUUAGUCAAGUGUAUUGCAGGCGAAGUUGCCAUAGUUAGAGAUGCUGAUGCUGGAGAAGGAACUAAGCGACAUCUUUCUCGGACCAUCAGUGUAAGUGGCAGCACAGCAAAGGAUACAGUCACCAUAGGAAAAGAUGGUACUCGAGACUACACCGAGAUAGAUUCUAUUCCUCCAUUACCACUGCAUGCAUUGCUUGCUGCAGAUCAGGACACAACCUACAGGAUUUCAGAAGAAAGUACAAAAAUACCACAGAGCUACGAAGAUCAUGCCAAAAGCCAGUCAGAGGAUCAGUAUUCAGAACUGUUCCAAAUCCAGGAUAUAACGACAGAUGAUAUUGAUUUAGAGCCAGAAAAGAGAGAAAACAAAUCAAAAGUCAUAAAUCUUUCACAGUACGGACCAGCUUAUUUUGGCCAAGAACAUGCAAGGGUACUUUCAAGUCAUCUUAUGCACUCAAGUCUGCCAGGCCUUACCCGUUUAGAACAGAUGUUCCUUGUCGCUUUGGCUGAUACCGUGGCUACCACCAGUACUGAGAUUGAUGAAAACAGGGAUAAGAGUUACUCAGGAAGAGACACACUGGACGAGUGUGGUUUGAGGUACUUGUUAGCGAUGCGCUUACACACAUGCCUUUUGACUUCCCUGCCUCCUCUGUACCGGGUCCAGCUGCUUCAUCAAGGUGUGUCAACAUGUCAUUUUGCCUGGGCUUUUCAUUCUGAGGCAGAAGAAGAACUGAUCAAUAGGAUUCCUGCAAUUCAGAGAGGGGACCCUCAGUGGUCGGAGUUAAGAGCUAUGGGAAUAGGUUGGUGGGUCAGGAAUAUUAACACCCUACGAAGAUGCAUUGAAAAGGUCGCUAAAGCAUCUUUUCAAAGGAACAAUGAUGCCUUGGAUGCAGCAUUGUUCUAUCUUUCAAUGAAGAAGAAAGCAGUUGUUUGGGGUUUGUUUAGGUCACAGCAUGAUGAGAAAAUGACAACGUUUUUCAGUCACAACUUUAAUGAGGAUAGGUGGCGUAAAGCUGCUUUGAAAAAUGCUUUUUCUUUACUUGGAAAACAACGCUUUGAACAAUCUGCUGCUUUUUUCUUAUUAGCUGGGUCAUUGAAAGAUGCCAUAGAGGUGUGUCUUGAAAAAAUGGAAGAUAUUCAGCUAGCCAUGGUUAUUGCUCGUUUAUAUGAAUCUGAAUUUGAGACUUCAUCCACUUAUAUAUCCAUCUUAAAUCAGAAGAUUUUGGGUUGCCAAAAGGAUGGCUCGGGAUUCAACUGCAGGUUGCUACAUCCUGAUCCUUUUUUACGUAGUCUUGCCUAUUGGAUAAUGAAAGAUUAUACCCGAGCUUUGGACACGUUACUGGAACAGACACCAAAGGAGGAGGAUGAACAGCAGGUUAUAAUCAAGUCUUGUAAUCCAGUGGUGUUUAGUUUUUACAACUACCUUCGGACUCAUCCUCUGCUUAUUCGAAGAAACCUUGCUUCCCCGGAAGGAACUCUGGCAACCUUAGGGCUUAAAACUGAGAAAAACUUUGUGGAUAAAAUUAACCUCAUUGAAAGAAAAUUAUUCUUUACCACUGCAAAUGCUCAUUUUAAAGUUGGCUGCCCUGUUUUAGCCUUGGAAGUUCUCUCCAAAAUUCCAAAAGUAACCAAAGUAUCUGCCUUACCAGCAAAAAAUGAUCAAGCUGGCGUCAUGUCUAAAAAGAUGGGCGAUGUAUCUUUAGAAUCCAAGCCUCAGAUAGGUGACAGCGGAAGACUUGACACUGAUUGGUCAGGGGUAGCUUCAUCCCAGAUUGACUGGAGUCAGCCACUGGUCAAAGUGGAUGAGGAACCUCUUCGUCUUGAUUGGGGUGAAGAGCAUGAUAGUGCCUUAGAAGAGGAGGAAGAAGACGGUGCUGGGUUAGUAAUGAAGAGUUCAGAUGACAAAGGACAAGAUAGACAAGAUCACAGAGACCCAAAUACCUUACUGACUCCUCAGGAAGAGGACUUUCUUGAAGGUGAUACUGAAGUUGACGUGAUUGCUGAGCAACUAAAAUUCAGAGCCUGUUUAAAGAUUCUCAUGACAGAACUGAGAACAUUGGCUACAGGUUAUGAAGUAGAUGGAGGAAAACUCCGAUUUCAACUCUAUAACUGGCUAGAAAAGGAAAUUGCUGCCUUGCAUGAGAUAUGCAACCAUGAGUCAGUUAUUAAAGAAUAUUCUGGUAGAACGUAUGCCAAAGAAGAGAGUGAUCAUCUGGAUCAUGAAGAAAUGGUGGACAAACCAGAUAUUGGCUCCUAUGAGCGCCACCAGAUAGAAAGACGGAGAUUGCAGGCUAAGCGAGAGCACGCGGAGAGACGCAAGCUAUGGCUGCAGAAAAAUCAAGAUCUCCUACGGGUGUUUCUUAGUUACUGUAGCCUCCACGGGGCCCAAGGUGGGGGCCUGGCCUCAGUGAGAAUGGAACUCAAAUUUCUGCUACAAGAAUCCCAACAGGAAACUACAGUGAAGCAGCUCCAGUCUCCGCUCCCAUUGCCUACUGCUCUACCUCUGCUGUCAGCGAGUAUCGCUGCAACAAAAACAGUCAUAGCUAAUCCCGUGUUGUACUUAAACAAUCACAUCCAUGACAUACUUUAUACUAUUGUUCAGAUGAAAACGCCGCCUCAUCCCAGUGUUGACAACGUGAAGGUGCACACACUUCAUUCACUAGCAGCAUCACUUUCUGCAUCAAUUUACCAAGCAUUAUGUGACAGUCAUAGCUACAGCAGUCAAGCUGAGGGAAAUCAGUUUACAGGAAUGGCCUAUCAAGGACUUCUUUUAAGUGAUCGCCGGAGACUGAGGACAGAAAGCAUUGAAGAACAUGCGACACCAAAUUCAUCCCCUGCUCAGUGGCCUGGUGUGACCUCACUUAUUAAUCUCUUGAGUUCAGCCCAAGAUGAAGACCAACCUAAAUUGAACAUUCUGUUAUGUGAAGCUGUUGUUGCUGUUUACUUAAGUUUAUUGAUACAUGCGCUUGCCACAAAUUCCCCCAAUGAACUAUUUAGACUUGCUGCCCACCCACUAAAUAAUCGAAUGUGGGCUGCUGUUUUCGGAGGGGGUGCGAAACUUGUCGUGAAACCUCGAAGACAAUCAGAAAAUAUUUCUGCACCACCUGUUCCUUCAGAAGACAUAGAUAAACAUCGUAGGCGGUUUAACAUGCGUAUGCUGGUCCCCGGAAGGCCUGUAAAAGAUGCCACCCCACCACCAGUGCCUGCAGAAAGACCGUCUUACAAAGAAAAAUUUAUUCCUCCUGAACUUAGUAUGUGGGAUUAUUUUGUUGCAAAGCCAUUUCUCCCUUUGUCUGAUAGUGGUGUUAUAUAUGAUUCAGAUGAAAGCCUUCAUAGUGAUGAGGACGAAGAUGAUGCUUUCUUUUCAGAUACACAAAUCCAAGAGCACCAGGAUCCAAAUUCCUAUAGCUGGGCUCUUCUCCAUUUGACAAUGGUUAAACUAGUACUUCACAAUGUCAAGAAUUUCUUCCCCAUUGCUGGAUUGGACUUUUCUGAGUUGCCUGUAACGUCACCAUUAGGUAUUGCUGUGAUUAAAAACUUGGAGAAUUGGGAACAGAUCCUACAAGAGAAAAUGGAUCAGUUUGAAGGUCCACCCCCCAAUUACAUCAACACAUAUCCCACUGACAUUUCAGUAGGUGCUGGACCAGCUAUUCUUCGAAACAAGGCAAUGCUAGAACCUGAAAAUACUCCAUUCAAAUCUCGGGACUCCUCUGCACUUCCAGUCAAACGACUUUGGCAUUUCCUUGUUAAACAGGAAAUCCUUCAAGAGACCUUUAUUAGAUAUAUAUUCACUAAGAAGAGAAAGCAGAGUGAGGUUGAAGCUGAUCUGGGCUAUCCUGGUGGAAAGGCAAAAGUAAUUCAUAAGGAAUCAGAUAUGAUCAUGGCAUUUUCAGUUAAUAAGGCAAAUUCUAAUGAAAUUGUCUUGGCUUCAACACAUGAUGUCCAAGAACUUGAUGUCACUUCUCUGUUGGCCUGUCAGCCAUACAUAUGGAUUGGAGAAGAAUAUGACAGAGAAUCAAAAAGUUCAGAUGAUAUCGAUUAUCGUGGUUCCACCACAACUCUUUAUCAACCCACUGCAACGUCCUAUUCAGCAACUCAGGUGCACCCACCUUCGUCUAUGCCGUGGCUGGGCAGUGGGCAGACCAGCACUGGAGCUAGUGUGCUUAUGAAAAGAAAUCUGCAUAAUGUUAAGAGAAUGACCUCACACCCAGUCCAUCAGUACUAUCUUACUGGAGCUCAGGAUGGCAGCGUACGGAUGUUUGAAUGGUCUCGACCUCAGCAGCUGGUGUGCUUCCGCCAGGCAGGCAAUGCAAGAGUUACCAGACUAUAUUUCAAUUCACAAGGCAACAAGUGUGGUGUUGCAGAUGGAGAGGGUUAUCUGAGUAUCUGGCAAGUAAACCAAACUGCAUCAAAUCCUAAACCUUACAUGAGUUGGCAGUGCCACAGUAAAGCUGCGAGUGACUUUGCAUUCAUUACCUCUUCAAGUCUGGUGGCCACUUCUGGACAGUCCAAUGACAAUAGGAAUGUAUGCCUCUGGGACACAUUGAUAUCACCUGGUAACAGCCUCAUCCACGGCUUCACAUGCCAUGAUCAUGGUGCCACGGUACUCCAGUAUGCACCAAAACAGCAGCUCUUAAUCUCUGGCGGCAGGAAAGGCUAUGUCUGCAUUUUUGAUAUCCGGCAGAGACAGCUGAUUCACACGUUCCAGGCACAUGACUCAGCUAUUAAGGCCCUUGCCCUGGAUCCCUGUGAGGAGUAUUUUACUACAGGUUCCGCAGAGGGUAACAUAAAGGUUUGGAGAUUGACAGGCCAUGGCCUGAUUCACUCAUUUAAAAAUGAACAUGCUAAACAGUCCAUAUUCAGAAACAUUGGGGCUGGCGUCAUGCAGAUUGACAUCACCCAGGACAAUCGGAUCUUCUCCUGUGGUGCAGACGGCACACUCAAGACAAGGGUUCUACCAAAUGCUUUUAACAUCCCUAAUAGAAUUCUUGACAUUCUAUAGCCUUAAAAGAUUGGGGCUUUAUUUUUAUACACAUACUGAUUUAAAAACACUGCUGUAAUUAUUAGGCAUUGAGGGAGGAAAAAAGUUCUGCUUUCCGUGCAGUUAAUGAGUUGAGAACAAUACAAAUCUGUAUAGAUUUGAAUUCGAUUCAAGCAGUGGUGUUAUGCUGAGCAUUGCCUAUUCAGGUUGGUAGAAUGAUUGUGCAUGUACCUUGUUAUAAUGCUGACAUUCUGAAAAAUCAAACCUAGUAUUGUAUGGAGGUUAGCUAUUCUCUACAGCAUUUAGCAAACCUGAUGCAGAAAACAUUUGAGAUUAGAGGUUAGCACAUUAGCAAAUUGAGGUAAUAAGAGGGACCUUUAUACCAAAUGAAGGAUGAAAAUGUUGCUGAUUCAGGUUUUUCUUUCUAUUCUUCCCACUGACUAAAGCAUGCCUGCGGUUGGCUUCUUUGUUAAAUGAAGGAUAGUCAGAAGGUGUUAGAAGCUCUAGGCCACCAGAGAAUCUUCUUUAGUUUUGGAGCAGUGCGCAGUGGCCAGUUCUCUGUCCCGAGAGGUCAUUUCCACUCUUUCCUGCUGAAUAUUUUUCCUGUUAGUGUUUAUACUGAGCUAGUACUGUAAUUUGCAAAUGAGCGCAAAUUUAAAUGCAAUGUUUUCCUCACAAUUUGCACAUUCACUUUUUUCUUUUCUUUUUUUUUUUUUUUUUGGACUGCUAGUUUUUCUAUUUAAAUAUUUGCCUUCAUGUUAGGAAUGUAAUAUGUGACCAUGACAUAUUUGUAGCUAACCAAAACUUACCUUCUUAGUCCUGUUUAGUAGCUUUUCUUUUCAGGUAUUCAAGUUUAAACACAACAUUUUAAGACUAUGUUCCAAUGAUACCAAUAUAGCAUUUCCUAUCAUACUUCAAAUGAAUGUUAGGCUUUUUGUGGCCAGUCAUAGUUGAUGAGAUUGGUGAUAUUAUUUAUUACCACAGCCUGUUGUAUAAAACUAUGCAGAGUUAAAUAUUAUUUGCUUGUAAAAUAUUAGCCAAUGUUGUCAUAUUUUGAGGUAUUUCCUGGGUUUUGACCAAAAAUCUGUUCUUGAGAUAUUGAAACCAGUGUCUGUGUGUUUAAAUGUUUACCAGCAAAUUGUCUCUUCAUGUUCACGAGAAUGUUCAAUGCCUGUGUGGUAACCUGUACAGUAUAAUGGCAUACAAGCACCUUUCUCUGAAGACGAUGUGAUGUUCAGGCUGUGAAAUACAUAUGUAAAAGAAAAUAAAUGUUAUUUGUUAGAGUUUUACCUUAGUUUGAUCUUUUUAA